AUGAAUAUCAAAAGAAGAGGGGGAAAUGUGGGUUUAAAACUUGAUAUAUCUCAAGCUUAUGGCACUAUAAGCUGGGAAUUUUUAGUAACAGUUUUGAAGAAAUAUGGUUUCUCAGAGAAGUUUUCAAACUGGAUUAUGACUUUACUAAAAACAAAAAAAAAUUAUAUAAUGUUGAAUGGUGGACCUAUUGGGUUUUUUGGUGUUGUAAGAGGGGUGAAACAUGGAGAUCCCUUAUCUCCAAUUCUUUAUGUUUUGGCUGCUGAUACACUAAGUAGGAAUUUGUCUCAACUCAUUCAAGAGAGGAAAAUACAUCCCAUGGUCAUCAGGAAAGGUAUUUACCCAUCCCACUUAUUUUUUGCUGAUGAUAUUUUUAUCUUCUGCAAUGGAUGUAAACAAUCAUUGGUUCAUCUUAAACAUCUACUAGUAGAAUAUCAAAGAGCUUCAGGUCGACUAGUAAGUGUUGCCAAGAGUAAAAGUUUUAUUGAUGGGACUUCUAAUGCCAGACAAACUCAGAUUGCAGAAUAUAUGAAUAUGAAAUUGUAUGUUUUUCCUGAUAAGCAUUUGGGCGUGAUUCUAGUUCAAGGGAAAGUUAAAACUGAACAUUUUUGGUCCUUUGUGGAGAUGUUUCAACAGAGAUUGGUUACUUGGAUUGGUAAACUCUUAAAUUUUCAAGCCAGAUUAACUCUUAUUAAAUUUGUCUUAAGUAGUAUCCCCAUAUAUAACAUGUCCAUAUAUAAGUGGCAUAAAAAAAUUAUUGCUGCUUGUGAAAGAAUCCCGAGGAAUUUUUUAUGGAGUGGGAACGCUGAAGAAAAGAAAUAUAUCACUAUUGCUUGGGAUAAGGUUUGUGCACCAUUGGAGGAAGGUGGUUUGGGUAUUAGAAAGUUUGAGGAUAUUAAUAAAGUUUAUUGA